AUGAACUCCUCGUACACCCAAGAGUCCUCGCACUAUUACAAAGACGGUGUUUACCGCGACAGUCAAGGCCGUGUGACCUACCCACCUACCGUUUACUAUAAUGACAGACAUUACAAGCCUGGGUAAGCACUUAUUAAAGUAUUUGGACCUUUUUAGCCAUGGUCCGACGUAUUAUGUCCGAGAAGACGUCAGAUACGACGAGCACGGUCGUCCGAUCGUCUAUCGACGUGGAGUCGACAACGGUGGCUGCAGAUUCUGGCCAAUCUGCUGCUGUUUUCCCUGCAUUCCCUGCUGUUUUCCCGUGUGUACAGAUUAA